UACAAUAAAAUAUUUAAUAGCCUAUAUAAUUAAUAUAUAAUUAACCCCCAGAUGGAAUUUGUAAGAGAGCAAAAAUAACUAAGAAUGGAUUAAGCAGUGUGUGUCGGGAUAGACAGGAAAAUAAACAGAACGUAUCAACAGUUCCUUAUUCUACACAAUUGCAUGUCCAUUUUGAAAACAGAGCCUAUGUAUAGUCUUGUAAAAGUGUGUGGAAUUAACCAUUCUUCGGAUUUACUAAUCUUGUGAAAUUUGCCUUUAAUUUGCAUGAGUGUUUAGUUUACUUGCCUCUCUCUCUCUUUCUUUUGCAGACGCACAAGCCACGUAACUGUAUAUCUGAAGACGAUUGUUCUUUGUUCUGUUGUUGGUUUCCUUGUCCUUAAAAAUCGGCUAGAUGGCGCCAUUGCUCCAUGCUGUACCACGUAUAUUCAACAACUUGACCCCAGUGACGUCAAGACGGUCUGGCGCAUCAAGGCCACUUUCAAAACCCUAUUGGUCUGAAAAUCACAUGACAAAGCGCCUUGAAUCCAUAAUUAUGUUGCUGAUAUUUUUCGCCCCCCCAAAAGAUGUCAGCGUCCUACUGUCCUUAUCCUCUUCGGCAUAAAGGAGAUUGUUUUGAAUCAAAAGAAAAACAAGGCAAGUUGCAAAAUGUCAUGCCCGAACAACGUGGCAGCCAACAACACAUUCCUGAUGGACUCGCUGGUGGGAGGAACAUCUCCGUACAGAGGUGAGAGCUAUUCAACUAACUCUGGAAUGUAUAUGCAAGCGUCUGCAGAAUAUGGUUGCUCCAUGAUGGGUAGUUUUGGUAUUGUUGGUACCCCUCUCUCCAAACGGGAUGAUCUGCAGCCGAGUGGGAUGCAUCUCAGCAGUUACCAGCACUCACAUUACCUGUCGCAGCGGGACGCUUGGAUGGCAGGCUCUAAAACUUACAGAGGCUCCCAACCUGUUGCCCAGCCUUUGCACCCAUGUUCGUUUCCAGCCAGCCAUGUGAAAGAGGAAGCGAUUCCGUGUCUUUACCAGCCUGAUAUCGACAGCGCUAAGGAGUCCGCUGAGAAAUCCACCUACAUCCGUUUGGGAGACAAUAACAGCCACCCGAAUCAAAGCGCCGUCUCCACCCCCGAUUAUUUCCGACGGAGCCAGGUGUACGCUAGUGAAAGGGGCCACCAUGGAGAUGAGUUCGGCUCGGACUUUAACCCAGUAUCCAGAAUAUCCACGCCUGUUAAGGGACUAGCGGCAGAUUCAUAUGUCAAAAGCAGCAAAGCAAGGCAGGACCCAGAAGACAAGGGAGGGAAUACGCAGGAAGACGACUUGGAUCAGGGACAGGCUAGAAAAGAAGAGAGUGUCGCAAAAACAGACAGUUGUACUGAUGAUUCCGAAAGCGAAUUGAAAGAUGAGGCUAAAUUGGAAAAAACAACGGGGAAUUGGCUAAAAGCGAAAAGUGGACGAAAGAAGAGAUGUCCUUACACAAAGCAUCAGACACUUGAGCUGGAGAAGGAGUUCUUGUUCAACAUGUACUUGACUCGAGAGCGCCGUCUGGAGAUCAGCAAGAGUAUCAACCUCACAGACAGACAGGUCAAGAUCUGGUUCCAAAACAGAAGGAUGAAGCUAAAGAAGCUCAACAGAGAAAGUCGCGUCCGAGAGCUAACAGGCUAUAGCUUCAACUGAGGGCUUAAGAAACAGACAGAAGAAGAAAUAAUAAUAAAUACUCUCUCGCGUUCCCCACGUUCACCCCCUCUCUAUUUUUUUAUCUCUUUUUUUCUCCCUUUUCAUUCACAGACUUACAUACACACACAAAACUAUAAAAUAGCAAAGCACUGGCCCAUGGCUUUCAUUUCAAAGGAACUGGAACAUCCUUCAGACAGUAUUACAUUUAGUUUACAAUUAUCCGAGUCUAAUUUAUCAUUGUUGACCAGACCUGAAUAAUAGUUGUAAAUAUGGCAGUAGCGGAAGAAAAGGAUGCUUGGUACACAUAUUCGUGGCAGAUUUGUAAUUUUGAAAAUCCUUAACUCAGAAUAUAAGAACGAGAUUUCUAUUUGAUGUCUUAGCUUAGUUUGUUUGCUGUCAGUGCGCGUGUCUUAUACAAUGCGCGCUCUGUAUUUUGCAUGCUUUGUUCUUGACGUGUAUUUGCCAAUUUGAUGUUUAACUCGACAGACUGAUAAAUAAAACAGGGGGUGGGAAAAUAUUA